AUGAGGCUAGCACUGGAGUUUUGGACACCUUGCAGUGGCACCCCAGCAAGCGUGUUCGGCACAUCAAGGGCAUCCUCGCUCGCAGACUGCCGAGGGGAUCUGACGCUGUCUGCGCCGCCCUCUUCGUCCCAUGGUCUGAAGCUGGCGCCAAGGAUCGCAGCAAUGAUCCCUCCAGAUGCUGGAAGGCCAUCUACGUCAGCGAGCGGGUGCGAGCCUCGAGCGACCCAGACUGGGCACCUGUCUCUUGGGUUGACUCGGACCUGCCCAGUGCAGUUCUGGCCUCCAAGACUGUGCUCCUGUCGCUGUACGGAUCCGCCGAUGGGAUUGAGGUGGACCCUUGUCCCCUGCCCGUCAUGCAAUCCCCGACCGACGAGUCCAAAAACGGUGCUGAGGACGCGGCUAACUGUGGGCGACAAGAGGUGGAAGAGGUGA